UUCUCUUCUCUUCUCCUCCUGUAAGAACGCUCCUACAACUUUCAAAAAACCCUAGAUGCACAAAGAAUAUACUUGAUUCCUUAUUCUCUCAAGCAAUAUUCCCAAAGCAAAAUUCACGUCACGGUUUUGGCUAAUCUGAGAGUUUUGAGAGAGAUGAACAACACACAAGAGGUGAGGCCAACUCGUGGGUUUCGACGGUUAAAAGCGUUGAUUGAUCUUAACGUGGCGCCUAGAGAUCAAGAAGAGACGUCCCUUAGUGUUAACCUAUUAAGGUGGUUUCUACCUUCUCUGCCUGUCCCCACCACCAUGAUUGAUGUCGAUGCUAUUGAUGAUGAUGUUGUUGAAUCAUCCGCUAGUGAUUUUGCUGAAGCUGUAAGUAAAUCAUCAGGUUCACGUAGGAGGCGUGUUGAGUCAGGUGGUACAACAACUAACAAAAGGAGAAGGGUUCCUCCUAAUCAACCUGUCAUCGACUGUGAGCAUGUCCCUGAGACCUCAAAGGCUCCUGCUUCAGCUCCUCUUCCACCAGAGGAGCCUAAAUUUUCAUGUCCAAUUUGUAUGUGUCCGUUUACGGAGGAGAUGACAACCAAGUGUGGUCACAUCUUCUGCAAGGGAUGUAUAAAGAUGGCGAUAUCUAAGCAAGGGAAGUGUCCUACUUGUAGGAAAAAGGUGACUGCGAGAGAGCUGAUUCGAGUGUUCCUUCCAUCCACCAGAUGA